AAAGAUCAGUGUCUCCAAGAAGUGAAGCGAAGAAGGCAAACUCUGAAGCUGAGAGAGCUGUGGCUGCGGUAUGGACACCGUUGCAGCGUUACCGCCGGAAGACCCCGAGCUAUUUAUCCCCAACAUUUCGUCCGAGGCAAGCGACGGAGCGACUAUUCUGCCUGCCAUCGCCAUAGCUCCUCCUCUGGUGGCCCACGCCGGCAGAGCCUACGUGGACCGCAUCCCUGGUGGACCCAUCUUCCAGUCCUACACCACUCUCUGCACACAGGUGCAGCUGCACACGACUUUCCACUACCCGCCAACACCUCCCGUGGAGGGAGAUGGUUGCUCGGCCGACAAGCUACAUGUCGUGGCGGACACGGCGCUGGCCUUAGCCGACGCGGCGGCAAUGCACGAUGUGAAGGCCGCGGUACUGCAAGGCCCGAGCCCCCAGACACAGCAGUUCCACAGUCUCCCGACUCCGCCGACCCCGGAGCUGUCUGUGGCGUCUCUGCAGCAGCAGAUGACUGGAGGAGAGCUGGUCUCGGCCUCGUCCAGCCAUAGCUGUCAGCCCGCCGCCGACACCCCUGCCUACGGGGCCGAGCCUUCCAAACAGCAGCUCUACCAGUGGCAGGCGACGAACUCCAACUUCUGCGUGAUGGGUCCGUCGCAGUUCGCGGCUCCAACGCAGGCAGCUGCGUUCCCUGCACGUCGUCCGCCACCCCUCUACUACCAGGCGACCUCGGAGAAGACUAGUGCCGUUGCGGCUCAGGUUCAGUCGGGUCCUCUGCGCAGCCCCAUGUCGGAGUUUGUGGUGAUGAAGGAGUGCAUUGACGGCACCUUGUCCUACAACCCGAACCGUAACUGUUCCAACUGCGGGGCUACCUCGACUCCUCUCUGGAGGAGAAAUCCUGAGGGCAAGUACCUCUGCAACGCCUGUGGUCUCUACUAUAGAGUCAAUGGAACUAACAGAAACAACACCCAGAAGAAGAAGAAAACCAAUCUGAAGUGUAUGAACAACAAGUGUUCCAAUUGCGGCACCACUAAGACAGUUCUGUGGCGGAGAAUGGAGAACGGAGAUCCGGUCUGCAACCCAUGCGGUCUUACUACAAACUCAACGGAUACAACAGACCUCUGACUCUGGUGAAGGAUACAAUUCAGACCAGAAACCGCAAGUCCACUGGCAAAUCAUCCAAGAAAUCCAAAAGCAAGAAAAGCAAUCACCUCUCCCUUCCUCCCAUCCUCUCUGCGUCUGUCUCCCUUGGCAACGGGACCACACCCACGGGAGAUGGUCGUAGAUUCGUCCUGCCUUCGCCUGUGUCGACGUCGCAGUACGAUACGAGGUUUGAUGUAGUUGGGUAUGCUCCUGCCUUCUCCCAGCCAUCUUCUUAUCCGUCCCUGCCUCCCUACCUCCCCUCCCCUUCUCUCCACAUUGCUGCCAGGGACGCAGAAGACAUGAAACCCACCAAAACUUUUGCCUUCUCUUUCCAGUCACCAGCCACCUCCACCAUUGCCCCCGACAACAAAACUCCCCCCGCCCACCGUGGUGUUGUCCAUGGAAACGGGGUUGAGGUAGGUGGGGAGGGAGGAAUUGCGGGAAUGACUGCCAUCAAUCCGUCGCAGUACUCAGCCUUCUCACCGUUUGCGUCGGAUGCUGCCAGUGGGUUGUCUCCCCUCCACUGCUCCCCUCACACCCCACUCCACUCGGCUCCAUCCCACCACCCCAUGCAACCACAGGUCAUAAUGUGAUAAACUAUUGGGGCAGCACUUAUUUUCCCAGUCGCACCUUUGAAUUGCUACCACUGAUGAAAAGCUAUCUGUUCCACCAAUAAACAAUGCACAGGUUUGGGUGACAUAAUUAAUAAUAUUAUCCCCCCAAUACAGUGACACACUUGUACAGACUUAAUAAUUAGGACAGAAAGUCACACUUCCUUGUCACAGUGUAAAAUUGUUCAUUAUGUAAGUCUCAAUCACAUAUCACACAUUGCAGCACCCCCUCCCUAAACUCACUUUCUCACCCAUCCCAAGUCACUUCAAUCUUCACCCACUCCCCAAGUCACUUCUUCACCCACUUCACCACCUCCCCAAUUCGUGGAACAGCUAUCACUUGCAUCAAAUCACUUACAUCUUUCCCCUCUUCCCUCAUCCCACUCACCCAAUGCACACUGUAUCACUUACUCAAAAAAUGGGUAUGGCCUUGUAUUAGAAGCCACACCCACCAGGUAAUUAAUAAACACUGUCACUCCCAUAAAGUGUGUUUUUGUACAUUUUCUACUUAUCGUCAGAUUUUUAGUGAUAAUAUGAGAGAGUCAAAUGUAUAUAGUCACGGUUGGUGUGUCUACUGGGUGAGUGGGUGUGGCUUGUACUGCUCCACUCUCGCAAGAAGGGAGUCCGAAUAGCCAGGUGAAUAGUACCUGUGGAUACGUUGUGGUGUAACAGACUGAGACGUCGGUCACAGGUAGGCGGGGCCAACACGUACCUUACUAUCUCCUCAGGAUAGCAGCUGUUGAUGACUCGGAUGUGCUCUGCCAGAACAGAGCCAGGCUGGCUGCUGAUCUCCUGGACCUGUGGAGUAGUAAACUCUCUCCUAGCUGUAACCUUCUCUUCACGAUCCCCACCUUUUUCAGUCCUCC